AUGUGCCCGUCGACGACAACGAACGGCGAUUACUAUCGCCUCAACAUUCGCGGGUUCUUCCUCCGCCUCUCCUACGCCGACGCUCGGAGGCCGCUCCCCGAGACCCUAACCCUACUCUACUCGCCGAGCAUCGACGGGCGUGGCGCUCCGCCGCGUGCGCGCGGGGGAGCCCGGGUUGCUGUUCGCCAGCACGGACCGGCUCUCGACGGGGGACGGGGCGCGGUUCGAGGCCUACGCGGGGAAGGUCAAGGUGGCGGAUGGGGUCUUCCGGCGAGACGGCGGCGAGCGGUGGAGGCUGGAGUGGCGCUCCCCGGCGGCGGCGGAGGUUUGGAGGAGAUACCGGAGGAGGAAUCGGACGGCUGCGAUUGCUGCGGCGGCGGGGGAGAGGAGAAGGAGGGAGGUGAUUGGGAGGUGGUGGUGGGAUCGGGAUCGGACGGUGGGGAUGAGGCGGCGGUGGUGGAGACGGUGAGGUGGGCGGUGGAUGUGGGGAUCUGGGUGGCCUGCUUGGGGAUCGGGUUGUUGGUCUCGCGAGCUCCGUUGUGGAGGUGGAAAAAGCUGAUCUUAGCCGCGAAGCCCAAGUUUUGA